AAAAACACUAUAUUGGCUUGCGUAUAUUUUAAAUUUCUAAAAUGGAUCUCCAGCGUCUGCAUUCAUUUCAAAAGCGGAGUGAGCGAACCUAGAAUAAAUAAAUAUAAAUCCCUUUCAACACGAGUAAUAAGAUAUCACUUUGUUUCUUGGAAUUGAUAUGGAAGGAAAAAUAAAUACAACAAAUGACACUUUUGCAACAGAGACAAAGUCAACAAAGAGAAAUAGCUCAAAAGCUAUUUAGAGCGUUUCAUAGACGACUGUGACUACGUGAUUUAACCACAAAAUUUUAUAAAUAUUUGAGAGUGCAAGAGUAAUCCACUAAUCGCAGCAGCAACGGAAGCGUUAUCAGCUGGCACACGAGUUAGGGGGUUAAAGUGAAAAUUGUUCGGUCACCGACUCAUAGGGGCAGGUGCAUAGUAUGAGCUUUGAUUUACCCCUCUCGUCGCGUUUAACCCAUAUGCUGUAUUCAAUAGUCAAAUAUUCAAGCUAAUGCAAAUAAAUAUUUUGCUAAACAGAUUUAUAUUACAACAAAAAUAACUUUUAAAGUGUAAUAAUUAGAAAUACGAUAAAAGUGGCAAAACAGCUGCAAAACCACUUAAAAUAGUUCAGCACAUUUAUAUACAAUUGCGAUGACAACGGAAAAGAGCAGCUGCAAUCGAAGUGCAAGAUAAAGAAGAAAUAGUGCAAAGUGUAAAUCAAAAGACAUAUCCACUGCUGAAAGUAAGGCCCCUGUCAAGGUUAAAUUGAAGGCAUAUACUCUUUGGAGGUCAAAGAAGAAUAGUAUUUCAGGUUUUAACAAGUGUAUAAGAUGUCAAGUUGAAUAGCUUACUUAAAACGAUCACAUAAAAAAAAUCGAAAGUUGAAAUUGUUGAAGUUUAAUUAUUAAAAAAUGGAAAAAUUUCCACAGUGUGCCAUUUGCGGUACAACGCAGCAAUUGUUGCGUUGCGCCAAAUGUAAGUCGAUUUUUUACUGCUCCACUGCACAUCAGCAUAUGGACUGGCCCAUGCAUAAACAGUCUUGCCGUAUGUUAGCCAAACAAAGGAAUGAAAAUCGCAUUCAACAUCUGCAACAGGCUGUUGCUGCCACAACACUAAGCAAUACAAUUGCGCCAUCAAUACCCACAACAAGCAACGAUGUUGAUGCUGGUCAUAAUCGCUGGACAACAUCGACAAAUGAUAUGGCUAUUAUAGGCUUUGGACUACUAGGCGGUAACGAAAGUGCUGAAGUUGAUCCUAGCAUACUAACUGCAGUACCACCCAUGGCUGUGAUGAUGGGUAACAAUGACAAUGGCGUUGCAUACAACCAGACAAAUGGAUUGGCUAACGAGGCAAAUCCCCACCAAAUUCCAGAUGCAGGUGGUACAGUGACCGGUGCUGGUAUUAUGCAAAACAAUACGUCAUUAUGCAUGCAACCCCAAUAUCAUCAUGUAGAUCAACGCUUGCUAUCGCCGCAAUAUCAUCAACAACAACAGCAAUUAAUGCACCAACAGUUGCAGUGUCAACAAAUAUCGCCAUCGCAUACACCAUAUACAGCAAACCUUACCAAUCAUAAUACACAUCAUCAUUAUGAGAAAAGCAUCAGCUGUCAAGUUGGAAGCGGAGGUGGCGUGGACGAAAACGCUUUUGGAAAUGCAAAUGAGCGCCGCUAUGACGAAUUAUGUCGAAAUAUUAUCAGCGACAUGAAUCAGUACGGUUUGUCGGUGGUCGAUGAUUUUCUAGGCGUCGAGAAGGGCCUGCAGAUUCUCAAUGAAGUGCAUCGCAUGUAUUCAGCUGGUGUCUUCAAAGACGGCCAACUGGUUAAUAAUUUGCGAGAAGAAGAGCUGCGCACAAUACGCGGCGAUAAGAUAACGUGGGUUAAGGGCGUAGAACCAGGCUGUGCAAAUGUUGGCUAUUUGAUAAAUCAGAUUGACGCGGUCAUAUGUCGGGCAAACACAAUGAAGAACAAUGGUCAAAUGGGCAACUAUAACAUUAAAGAGAGAACAAAGGCUAUGGUGGCUUGCUACCCGGGUUCCGGCUCGCAUUAUGUGGUGCACGUCGAUAAUCCGAACAAAGACGGUCGUGUUAUAACGGCCAUUUACUAUUUGAAUGUUAAUUGGGAUACGGACCGCAGUGGUGGCAUUUUACGAAUUUUCCCAGAGCACGGUAAUUCAGUUGCUGACAUCGAGCCGAAAUUCGAUCGUCUGAUCUUUUUCUGGUCCGAUAGGCGGAAUCCCCACGAAGUACAACCCUCACAUCGUACCCGCUACGCCAUCACUGUGUGGUAUUUUGACGCGAACGAACGCGAAGCGGCGCUGAAUCGUAUUAAAAACAACAAAAAUAAUGCCAAAUCAACAACAAAUACAACAACGAGGGCGUCGGCGCCUACGAAUAUGCACGACAACUCGAGCACAACGCAUACAAACCCGCAAUUGAACACCAGCAAUGCGUCGGCGGCGACAAUAGCAACAACAGCAGCAGCACCAGCAACAACGGCAACAGCAACAACCACGCCAACAAUGCCAACACCCGCAAAUACCAAAAUGGUUGCGAAUUCGAAUGCGACCAUAAACAACAGUAAAUGCGCGAGUAUAAACAACGCGACGGCGAAUAUCGGCGAGCAUCACCACACGAACAGCAACAGUGCGGUGCUUGCGAAUUCGAGUGAAAUUUGCACGUAACACCGCAACCAGCUAUUGUUGUUGUUGUUGUAAAGAGAAAAAGCUGGUCUGUGUGCUGUAGCGCGAGUGUUUCUUGCGUUUGUGUUUUUUGUUUUGGUUUUAAAAGUUUUUGUGAUUUUUUGUUUGUUGGCCGAUCACUUAAGCGUUGGCCAAAGGCAAGCAACGAUUUUAUUUUAAUUGUGUGCGGAAAUGCUAUAAAUGCAUAGGAGCAUAGGAAAAGAACAAUAACAAAUUGGAAAUGCAAAAAAUAUUAUCCAGAACUAAGACAUUUGUAUGUAUGCUAGAAGUAUUACAUAUACGAAUGUAAUGUAAAUAUAUAUGUAAUUCACUAGAACUAAGCUCUUUGGCUUCAUAGCUUAGGUAAAAAGAAAGCUGAAUGAAAUAUUUGUAUUACAUACGUCUACUAUAUAUUAUAUACACAUAUGUACGAACAUUCAUAUAUAUGUAUGUAUGUAAUGCAUGCAAACAUCUGCGCCUAUGCCUGAAAUGUGAUAAAAGCAAUGAAACAAUUUGAGAAUGCAUUCGAGAGGUGUGAAACGCUGUAAAGCCGCUAACUAAAUGCCAGUGUACAGCUGUCUUUUAACAUUAGUGUUUAUAAAAAAUUUAUUGACCAGCAGAAUAUCUGUAUGUAAACACAUGUAAAUUAGUCUAAGUAUUGCGCGUUUGUGAAAUUUCUACUAAAUGCAGUUGUAUGCACGCAUAUACUUACAUAUACAUAUGUACAAAUAUUAGGGUGUCCAUAAUUUAAUUUUUUUGUUAUUUGUAAAUGCUUCUUAAAGUUUCAGCUUUUGCACCAAAUGAAGUGUAUUUGCAUAUAAUGUACUGUAUUCAUAUAGUGCACCAUGUCGUAUGAGCAACACUGUAUGUGUAAAUCACUUGUAUGAACGCUCAAGUCGUUUGAUGUAUAAGUUUGCAUAAAACUUUCAAAGGAAUGUUGUUAUGAAAAAGAUUAUGAAGCUAUAUACAUAUAUAUUAUCUAUAUUGGAGAUUAGAAGAUUUGAAAUUGGAAUAUCACUUUUUCGAUUCAAUUUAAAUUGAUAAUAAAGAACUUUCUCCCCUAUUACGGAUUUCAACUCGACUUGAAUUGAAGUUCAGAUCAACCCAACUCUUUUUUUUGAGAUAUCGAUAUUUAACUGUUUUCAGUUGAAGUUUGCUUGGUGUUGCCAACCUAAAAAAUAAAGAUUUUACAGAUAAUUAAACAACUGAAAAUAUUUAAACGAAAAAAGAAUUUAACACAUUGACGGACAGUAGGAACAAGUAAAGUUCGAAAAUUGACACAACACAACUCAAGAGAAAACACGAUCGCACUACUCCCUUCGCAACCACAUGCGUACUGAUGCUGCAAGUCGUGCAACAGAUGGAAAACAAAAUUCAACCUAAAAAAUUGUUUCCAAAACACGACAAUAGGCUUCUACUUGUACGCCGGUAAAUGCACAUUUGUGCUGCGAUCGCCGCAGUGUCUGUAAACGACCGUUUCGUUUUAGACGGCUGUCGCCGUCAUGCCACAUAGUGAACUUCGCUUUGACGGCUAUAGACGCAAGUGUCCGUCAACGUGUUAAUUAUUGCUCACAAAAAGGUGAAUAAUUAUUAAAAAGGACAUUAGUUUUGAUUACCGGUAGAUAUCAAGAAUGCAUUUUAAAUGAUGAUUAGCUUUGGGUUGAAGCAACCUGCGACAUCUAUGGUUGUUGCCAAACCUGCUUUUAAAUUAUGCGCUAUGUAUAAAACAUCAAUGAAGAAAAUGAUAAAAAUGCCUAAAAAAGUUAAUUUUACUCAAAAAGUGUAGCCCUAAGAGUAGUAGAUUACAUCGAAGCUUUAUCUUUAAAACUCUUCCCUUAAUUUUAUUUUAAUGUUUUCAAAUUGUAGCUUGUCUCGUCCAGUUUAAUACCGAAUUUCAAAACUUCAACCAAAUGUAGUUGGGUUGAAAUGAAAACCGUAAUAGGAGCCUGAAACUUUAUCGGUCAUAGCAAAAAAAAAAAAACAAAAAUUAACUUGAGAAAUAACGGACAUCCUAAUAUAUAUUUAAAUACGUAUUUUGUGCUCUUCAUACAUAUGUAUGUAUGUAUGUAUGACCAUGAAUGCACUUGCAAAUAAUGCAGUAUGAAAAACUUCUCAAAGCUUUAAACAGAUUUGCUAUGAAAAGUCACUUAGCAAACCAAAAUAAGGGCAAAAAAUUGUAAUUACAAGGGAAGCUUAUUGCUAUGUAUAUAUAUAUAAAUGGUAUAUAUAACUAGGGAAUAUAACUGAUUUUGCUAAUUAUUUACGCAAAUAAUUUUGUGCUGAUAAUAACAAUUGACAUAUUCGCUUAGUUAAAGUUUAAUUUCUUCAGUAGUAUUUCAAAAUGAUGAUGGAAAUGAUUGCAAUUCACACAAACACACCUACAUUAUUAAUGUGUACGUGCACAAUGGCAUGCAAGCAAAAGUCAAUUAGCAGCUGGCAAGCAAAUAUUAGCAACAACAACAAGGCGUAAUGCAAUAAGCUAAAUGAAUAAUUAAAUAUAAAUAACAUGCAUACAUACAUACAUACAUAUGUACUAAUUGAGCACGCAUAAAUAUUUGUUCGUUUGCGGGUGUGUGUGUGUGUGUGUGCAAAUGGAACUAGUAUAUGCUAAACCUUUAUUAGAAAUGAGUCAGGUAAUGCAGACUUUUUUGUUAUAUACUAAACAAUAUUUUUUAUCAUUAAUAUUCAUAAAACACAUAAAUAUGUAUAUGUACAUAUAUAUAGAAUUAUUUCUACUUGCAUAAAACAAUUCGACUACUAAACUUAGUUACCUUGUAUUAUAUAUAAUUUAGUAUGUUGUUACACAUACAUACGUACAUAAAUAAAACCAAUAAGAGCCUGUGAAAAGCAAAAUAGUUAUA